AUGCUAGCUGAGCGAUAUGGAUUGAAAGAGACUCACCAUGUCUACAUUGAGGAAUCUGUUGCGAUGUUUCUCGAGACUGUUGGUCAAGAUAAGACGAAGCUGGAUAUUGCUGCAAGGUAUCAAAGAUUAGUGGAUACGGUCCAAAGGAAGCUUGAUGAAGUUUUGAGUGCUCUUCUAAAGUUUUCGGAGGAUACAUUAAGACCACAAGAAGGCGAGUUUGGAAGAGUGAGUCCGGUUUUGAGGAAUGAUGAUCGGUAUUGGCCUCAUUUCAGAGAUUGUGUUGGAGCACUCGAUGGAACUCAUGUGCCGGUUCGCCCUCCAAGUCACAAUGCAGAAGCAUAUAAAGGUAGAAAGCAAGAUCCUAUAAUGAAUGUUCUUGCUAUAUGUAGCUUCGACAUGAAGUUCAUAUACGCAUAUCUCGGUGUACCUGGUAGAGCACAUGAUACAAAGGUCUUGAUUCAUUGUGCGAGGAAUGAGGCUUCUUUCCCACAUCCUCCUCCUGGAAAAUAUUAUCUAGUUGACUCGGGAUAUCCGACCAGGACGGGGUAUCUUGGUCCGCAUCAAAGUAUGCGAUAUCAUCUUGGUCAGUUUGCUAGAGGAGGACUACCAGUUAGUGCACGAGACUUGUUCAACUGA